AUGAGCGCCAUAAGUCCAGUGAACCGGAAAAAGGUGAUUUCGCUAUUGAUACCGGCGUUGAUUUGCAAUAUGUUGGCUUUCACAUCAAUCUUGCCGCUUUUCCCAACAAUUUUGCAGUUUUAUUCGCAGGAUGAGCAUCGCGAUUGGCUUUACGACUUCAGCGUUAAAGGACUUAAAUUUUUUCAAAAUAUCAUCGGAGUUCCUCAUAAUGAAAGAUAUGACAAAGUCUUCUUUGGAGGUCUUCUUGGUUCAAUGUUCAGCGCUCUUCAAUUUAUUUCCGCUCCAGCACUUGGAUCACUUUCAGACAUUUAUGGAAGGCGUGCAAUUAUUAGCAUGUGCUGCAUUUUAACUCUUAUUUCAUAUAUCAAUUGGUUGAGAGCCGACACUUUUGCAUAUUUUGUACUUUCUAGAAUUUUGGGAGGAUUGAGCAAAGGCAACAUCAAUGUUGCAAUUUCCAUGAUUUCUGAUGUCUAUUCACCAGAAGAUCAUCCUAAAGGAAUGGCUCUUAUUGGAAUUUCUUACUCGAUUGGAUUCUUAAUUGGCCCAAUGAUUGGAGCUUAUUUCUCAAGCAUUGCUCCAAUUGAAUCUCCUUUUGGAAAUCCAGCACUCUUCUCAAUCCUUCUCACUAUUUCGGAGUUUGCCUUCCUUUUCUUCCUGCCGGAAACACUAGACUAUCGCGAGCAGAGAAGUAUUGAGACUAUUAAAGAGACCCGUCAACAGCUGAUUUCACCAUCAGCUUUGUUCAAAUUUGCAGCAGUUAAGACCACGAUUCAGAAGAAAUUCGAAAUGCGUAAAAUAGGUUUGAUAUACUUCCUAUUUUUGUUCCUCUACUCCGGUUUGGAAUUCACUUUGCCAUUCCUUACUCAUUUGAGAUUUGAUUUUGGAAGUAUGGAGCAGGGAAAACUUUAUCUCUUUACUGGACUACUGAUGCUUCCAAUUCAAGGAAAAUUUGUGAGAAAGACGCCAAUGGAACGGCAAAAGCUUGUGGCAGAAUUUGGAAUUGCAUGCGCAAUUCCCGCAUUUUUGCUGAUUGCUGUUGCCAAAUCUACAACUAUUCUCUAUCUUGGAUUGUUUUUCUACGCAAUUUCAUCGGCGACUGUUGUUUCUUGUUUAACCUCUCUUGUUCAUAUAAUUCAUCCAGAAAGCGAUAAAGGAGUUUUGGCGGGAAUCUUUCGAAGCUUGGGUUGCUUAGCCAGAGCUCUUGGUCCGAUAUUCGCUUCUACAUUUUUCUGGAUGCUCGGAUCUUCUACUUGCUAUACAAUUGGCGCAGUAAUGUUAAUUGUCCCGCUAAUUUUGUUGAAGAAAAUGAGUAACCCAGCAGCUGUAAAAAAGAAUGCAUAA